GUUGGUGGUCCCGGACCUCUGAAGAUUAAUGAGCUUAUGAUAAGGCUUUUUAUUGGGCUUUUUGGGCCCAUGAAUAUUUGGGCUUAGACCCAAUUAGGAUCUGGAAAGUUCCACGUGGUUCUAGCAUGUUCUUCGGGUAAGUUGUUCCAGAGUCAUCUGACCUGUCCCUUCUCCAUGCUGCAAUGGAACGCCACUAAUAAAAAUCAAUCAGUGGUUCCACAAUUCGCAAUUCGUUCACUGUGAAUUGUAUAUAAGAUAUUUUGUUCAGUUUUGAGGCGUUGAUCGGAAGAGGAAGGAGGAAAAGAUGGGUGUGGAUUAUUACAAGGUAUUGCAGGUAGAUAAAAACGCGAAAGAUGAGGACUUGAAGAAAGCUUACCGUAAGCUCGCGAUGAAAUGGCAUCCUGAUAAGAAUCCGAACAAUAAGAAAGAGGCCGAGGCGAAAUUCAAGGAGGUUUCUGAAGCUUAUGAUGUUCUGAGUGAUCCCCAGAAGAGGGCAGUCUAUGAUCAAUACGGUGAAGAAGGCCUGAAAGGUCAAGUGCCGCCUGAUGCCAGCGGUCCUGGCGGUGGCGGAGCAACAUUUUUCCAUACAGGAGAUGGGCCGAAUGUGUUCAGAUUCAAUCCCAGGAAUCCAGACGACAUAUUUGCAGAGUUCUUUGGUUUCUCAGGUGGUCCAUUUGGAGGGAUGGGAGGUGGUAGUGGGAUGAGGGGAGGUUCCAGGUUUCCAGGGGGCUCCAUGUUUGGAGAUGAUAUCUUUAGCUCUUUCGCCGACAGCAGACCGAUGAGUUCGGGUCCUAGGAAGGCUCCGCCCAUUGAGCAAAAAUUACCCUGCAGCUUGGAAGAGCUAUAUAAGGGAACUACAAAAAAGAUGAAGAUUUCUAGAGAGAUAGCUGAUGCCAGUGGGAAAACUUUACCGGUGGAGGAGAUUCUGACCAUUGACAUUAAACCGGGCUGGAAAAGGGGAACUAAGAUAACAUUCCCAGAGAAAGGACACGAGCAGCCGAAUGUGAUUCCAGCUGACCUAGUAUUCAUAAUAGAGGAGAAGCCGCACAGUGUCUUCACAAGAGAUGGGAAUGAUCUUCUCGUAACGCAGAAGAUAUCACUUGCGGAAGCACUUACAGGCUACACGGCACACAUCACGACGUUGGAUGGGAGGAGCUUGACCAUUCCUAUCAACACUGUGAUCCAUCCCAACUACGAAGAAGUAGUGCCUAGAGAAGGGAUGCCUAUUCCUAAAGAACCCACUAAAAGAGGGAACCUGAGGAUCAAGUUCAACAUUAAGUUCCCCACUCGGCUCACGGCGGAGCAGAAAUCUGGAAUCAAGAAACUUCUUUCUCAGUAAGUUUUCGACAAUCAAUCUCAGGGAGCAUUGUAGCAGUUAGAUGAGAAUAAACACAAUACCCAUUGUAGAUCAAGAAACCCUGGAAUUUUGUGCAAGUACUUCAGUUUCUAUAUGUAAUUUAAAUGAGUAUUGUCUUGUGUGACAUACAAAAAGGAUUUUUCUUCU